CCCAUAUGAUGCAGUUGACCAGCCAAACAUUAAAAUGCAAUUCGCAGCGAUAGGUUUUCCUAAUGUUAUCGGAGCGAUCGACUGCACACACAUUGCUAUAAAGGCGCCAUCAGAAGAAGAAUUUGCAUAUUUGAAUCGGAAACAUUUCCAUUCAAUAAAUGUGCAGAUAAUAUGUGAUACACAAAUACGCCUAACAAAUAUUGUGGCAAGGUGGUCUGGGUCAACCCAUGAUUCAUACAUCCUUACAAAGAGCAUGGUUGGGAUGAGACUCCAAGCUGGCAGGGUGCGUGAUGGGUGGCUUCUUAGUUAGUGAGGCAUUUAAAGUUAUUAUUCUAUCUAAUAGUUUUUUUUUUGCAUAUAAUUAUUGAAUAUUCCUUCAGGAGACCGCGGUUAUCCACUAAAGACGUGGCUUUUAAUCCCCCUCGCCAACCCACAAACUGACCAAGAGCGCAGAUACAAUGAUGCCCAUUUUCGCACUCGUUCAGUUGUAGAGCGGGCAAUUGGGCAGCUGAAAUGUCGGUGGCGCUGCCUUUACAUGACUGGGGGGAUGCUGUUAUACCGCCCUGACAAGGUGUGCCGCAUAGUGCUGGCUUGUGGUGGGCUGCACAAUGUCGCGCACAGGCAUGGCAUACCACUUGGUGAAGUACCGCCAGAUGACCCUGACCCAGGACCAAUUUAACAAGGACCCAACCAACAAGCCGUUCAUCAGGGUUCCCGCGGGGUCUUAAAAAGCCUUAAAAGCAUUGAAUUUAUUAAUUUGGAAAUAAUACCUUAAAAAAACUUUAAAAUGUCUUGAAUUUUGAUGUCUGGGUCUUAAAAACUUCUAUGUAUUGUAAUUUUCCUCAAAAGUUUCAUUUGUCAACCACGAUUAUUUUGAUUAAAUGACGUAGUAUAAAUAAAGAGUGGCGGAACCAGUAAUUCAAAGAAAAUCUCAGCAUUCCACAGGAAAGGACUGACGCCGUUAUAUUUUUAAUGUUUGUUUUUAUGUUAGCUAGCUAACGUUACCAAUUUCAUUCUGAGGUUAUCGGGAAAUGUACAUUUAAUGAAGCGUGGCUAGAUAAAAACUAUUUUCAUCAUUGGUUAAAACCUGUGGACAGCAACGUUUUUGAGGCUUUUUGCACCAUAUGCACAAAAAGGAUUCAGCUAGGUACAAAGGGGAAUGAAGGCAUUAGGUUUCUCGCUGCUAAUGUGCCUGAAGCAGCUGCAGGAUCUAAUGUUAGGGGCCGUUCACAUAUCGCGCCUAAAAACGCGUGGAAAACGCUAGGCGCACCGCUUUCUCCUUCUUUCCAAAGGGCUUGGGCAGAAGCGCACCUGAGGCAACAAUGACGUGCACUCUCCAUGAAGACGCAGAAAUUUCAGCAAAGGAUAAAUGGAUUUGCAGCACUAAAAAUCGCACGCAGUAGCUCUGCUACUAAAAUUAUUUCAAAAUGGCAAUCCAUAUACAGCUAUGAUCAGCUGUUCCUUCAUCUUGGCUGAGCUUUCAACAUUGUUACGGGAAAGGAUAAAGCUGAUUGGUUAGUUCUUGUCACAUGACCUGCGGUGCGCUUGCGGCUCUCUGAAAAGUUGAGAUUUUUUUAAGCGGUGCGUGGGCGUCGCGACCGCGUCGCUUCCAUUAUGAACGCGCAAAAGACGCGAUAUGUGAACGGCCCCUUAUAGCCAGCUUGCUGCUUGCGCUGCAGACCCUUCAGCUAUGACCGCAACUAAAGUGGAUCUGCACACAGCUUUUGGGUCCACGGCAACAAUGAAAGCCAAGGUGUUGUAGACUCUUAACACAAUCGCUAAACAUCAGUCCUACAAUGGAAAUGAGGGUAUCUCAGAGCUUUUCAAAUGCAUGUUCCCUUACUCUGACAUCGCUAAAAUGUUUACUUGCGGUCACGAUAAAGGAGAAGUUGACGGAACUGGCUGUCCUUGAUAAAGAGAUUGCUGCCCUGAGUGAAGAGCUAAGGAGUUGACCUGUGUUUCUUAAUUUAAUGUAUUGUUGAGUUCUAAUUUUCGAUGUUUAUUGUUCAGGGGUCUCUCAGUUCCCCAUAUUCUCAGCAUGGAAUAAGUAGCUAGGUAAUAUUAAAAAACAACUUAACAUUGUUCAGCAAACUGUCUUGAGGCCUACUGAAAUGUUUUUAUUUUUCACACCUGCUUGGCUUAUCUUUUACCCAUUCCACAUUUGAAAAAUAAAUGAAAACAGGUUAAAGUAUUUUGUUUUUCUUUGCUGGUAGGGACGUGAAAUAGGUAUUAUUUUUUUAUAAAUGGACUUAAAAGGUCUUAAAAAGACUUGAAUUUAACUUGAAGAAACCUGUAGGAACCCUGGUUCAUGCCCGCCAACAUGUGAUUGCGACAAUAUAAAUGUAAUUGGAGCCAAAGUUCACUUUUUGACCAAUUCCUUUGAUGAGUGGCUUAUGUCUGUGAGUGCGUCAGUGAUAUUUUUCAGGUGACUGUUAAUUUCCCCAAUGGCCAUAACGAUUUGCUGUUGUGACUCCAAAACAGCAUGUGUCAAGACGCGGCCAGACGGAUGGGCGUCAGCACUGGGGGGAGCACUGGAAACGCUGGGCACAGUGGGCGCUGGCUGCUCAGGAGGGGCGGACACCGAGUGCCCCUCCUGAGCAGUGGAUGUUUCGGCUGUUGCGCCAUAUGAGUCUAAAUAAAAAGCCACAUGUUAACUGUAAUUUAAGUACAUUCCAUUUUUAAGGGGCACACACAUUUGCAAUAAAUGAAAUGGAUCCGUAAAAUCUCUGGUGUACUUUUGGUCCACUACACUGAAUGCAUUUGACAAUUAAAUAGGUACGCUAUAUGUACCAAAGUAAAAACAAAUGAGAAAUUGGUUACCUACGUCGAAGUCCUGUAAAUCAGAGUCUCCCACAGCAGCAGAUACUACUCCAGAGAGUAAAGUGUCACCCAUAAUUAAGGCAACUCUCUGUUCAAAGGGUGUAAGUUCAUCGACCCCUUUACCACUGCCUGUUCUGCCCACACUUUGUCGGUGCGCAGCAGUUCUCCGUUUAACGUCCACCUUUAUAUCAGACCAUUUCUUUUUAAGCUCAUUUACAGCGCGACUUUCAGAUCCCACCGCAUUGACUGCUUCAGCCAAACUCUCCCACUCAUAUUUUUUUCCUUUUUUUAUUAAUUCCGGAGUACAAAGUUCCAAAUAAAAUAUUUUUUCUAGUCUCUACCUCCGAUAGUAGCACCUCCAAUUCACUUUCCGUAAAGUUUUGUUUCUUGCCGCUUGCUUUAGCCAUUUUCUUACUGCUAUCCUUUGCCAAAGUGGACUCAUUACCAUAUUUAAAUUGAUUUAAUUAGGGGAGGAGACUGGGUGGGGCGUUGUGCUCGUGCAUGUGCGCUCAAUUUUACGUUAAUUGGGAUGUACAAAGAGAAUAUGUGUGGAAUCCUUCGUACGCAGAGAUUCAUACAUCUGUUGUUUGUUUUACAGCUUUGUCCGUACGCAAUGUUUUAUUAUGAAUUCAACGCAAGUCUUUGUACAUGAGGCCCCUGGUCCGUGAGAAUCUCUUUUGGGAUUCCCACGCAGGAGAUUAAAAGAAACAGGGCGUCCGCCACACUCUUUGCUGAGAUGUUGCGGAGUGCCACGGCUUCGGGAUAUCGUGUUGCGUGAUCCACUAUGACUAACGCAAAACGAUGUCCCCGUGCUGAUCGUUCUAAGGGCCCAAUGAGGUCCAUACCAAUUCGUUCGAAGGGGACCUGCACUAGAGGAAGAGGUCGCAUUGGGGUGGCUGGUGGGUUCACCAACUGACAUUCCCGACAAGACGCGCACCAUCUGCGCACUUUCUCGUGAAUGCCCAGCCAAAAAAUCGGGUCAUUAGACGAUUUAAUGUGGCUGUCAUACCUAAAUGCCCUGCAAUUGGCUUACAAUGCGCCGUCUGGAAAAGCAUUUCACGACGGCUCCGAGGGACCAAUAAUUGGGUUGUAUCUUCCUUUCUCUAAGCGUCAUGGGUCACUCGACACAACCGGUCCUUAAUAAUGGCAAAAUAUUUAUAGUAGAACGCGCAGUCCGGAUGGAGGACCUACCUAUCGAUGGAACGGACCUGCUCGAAUGCAUGUUUGAGGGUCUCAUCCUGGCACUGCUCCAGAGGAAAGUCAUCGUGACUGAAAAGGUUUAGCCUCGCCUAGUCACUCGGUUCCCCUGAAGCUUCCCAACUGGGUCCUAGCACAGAUUCUCCCACCUUAGCGCUCGCCCCGCCCUCCGGCCCUCUCUUCUUCCCUGAGGCAUCCACUGUUAAACACCCCAAUAAUUGUUUGAAAGCUGGCCAAUUGGUCCCCAAGAUUAGUGGAUGCCAGAGGCGCGGACUAACGGCCACCUCCACAUAAAGCUUUUGUCCCCUUAAUUUGAUGGCUAUGGCUUUUACGGGGUAUUCCACUAUAUCCCCAUGCACACACCUCACCUUAACCAUGUGGCCCGUAUCCAAUGCCCUGGAUUGUAUCAGGCUUUGAUGAAUGGAGGUCUGUUUACAACCUGAAUCCACCAAAGCCUGAUAGGUACCCCCCCUUAAUACUCACGGGUAUUUGGUACAACCCGGCUCGAUCGGGGGCAGCCUGCGGGUCGUCCGGGAUCCGGACCAAUGUUCCCAUCUCCAUGACCGGGCACCGAUCCACAAAAUGGCCCAUAUCCCCGCAACGCCAGCAGGCCGGCCUAGGCCUCACCACCGCCCUAGUGGCCGGAAUUGGGUCAGGUGAUUGACGUGAGGAAGUGGCAGGUGGCUCAUCGAGUGCCUCCCGAUGUGGCGACGACAUUCCCCUGGCAGGGCCCCGCUAAGUCAAAUAUAAUAAAUUCAUGUUCAGUGAAACUCCUCUGACAACAAUCUCCUAUUCAUCAAUUCAUCAAUAAAUGCAGGAAUAUUUCCAUCAGUUUACAAGUGAAUACAAGCCUCAAAUCAUCAAAAAGAGAUGAAAUCUGUAAAGACUCAGUUUAUUAAAGAGGACCGAGAGAAGAUGAGACACACUGAAGAUACUGAAGAACAAACCGAUCUGAUUGAACAUAAUGAGGAGAGAGAAGAAUUGAGUGAAUCUGAAAAGAAAAAUCAUGUCAGAUACAGAGAAAAACCCAAACAGAAAGAUUUAAAGAAAAGGAAGAAGAAGAAAUCUUUCCCCUGCACUCAGUGUGGAAAGAGUUUCACAAGCAAAUCUCUUCUCAAGCGACACAUGAACAUCCACACUGGAGAGAAACCGUUCACUUGUGAUCAGUGCGGGAGGAGUUUCUCACAAUCAGCAAACCUUCAGCUACACAUGAGCAUCCACACUGGAGAGAAACCACACACAUGUGAUCAAUGCGGGAAGAGUUUCACACGGUCAUCAACUCUUAUGACACACAUGAACAUCCUCACUAGAGAGAAGCAGUACACAUGUGAUCAAUGCGGGAAAGCAUUUUUGUGGGUUUCAAACCUGACAAAACACCUGAAACUUCAUGCAAAGGAGAAACCACAUUCAUGUAAUUUGUGUGGAAUGAGUUUUCGAUUAAUACAAUAUUUGAAAGCUCAUCAGAAAAAACAUACUGGUGUGAGAGAGUACAUGUGCUUUGAGUGUGAAAGGACUUUUAUUUCAGCGAGCCUUUUAAAACUGCAUGAGAAGAUUCACACUGGAGAGAAACCUUACAAGUGUUCACACUGUGACAAGAGAUUCAUUGUUUCAUCACAUCUGAAAAGACAUGAGAUGAUCCACACUGGAGAGAAACCUUUGAAGUGUUCACACUGUGACGAGAGAUUCGUUCAGUCAGGAAACCUGAAAAAACAUGAGAGGAUUCACACUGGAGAGAAACCUUUUAAGUGUUCACACUGUGACGAGAGAUUUAUUCAGUCAGGACACCUUAAAAUACAUGAGAUGACCCACACUGGAGAGAAACCUUACAAGUGUUCACACUGUGACAAGAGAUUCAGUGUGUCAUCAAGUCUAAAAACACAUGAGAGGAUCCACACUGGAGAGAAACCUUACAAGUGUUCACACUGUGAUGACCGAUUCAGUCGAUCAGGAUACCUGAAAACACACGAGAGGAUCCACACUGGAGAGAAACCUUACAAGUGUUCACACUGUGACAAGAGAUUCAGUCGUUCAUCAAGUCUAAAAAGACACAAGAGGAUCCACACUGGAGAGAAACCGUAUCACUGCACUGCAUGUGGGAAGUGUUUCAAACAUUCAUCUUCUCUACACAAUCAUACAAAAAACAAACACAGUUAGUAGAUCAUCUUCAGAUCUGAUGCUGCUUCCUCACCAAAUGUGACACAAUAAUGGAUCAAGCUGUGAAAUAUCAUCUGGAUAAAUCAUUACCAGUGACAAGUCAAAGAAACAUUAUCUGAAGUUUUCUCAGUGAAUAAAGUUCAUCUUCAAAACCAGCAGAUCCAACUGAGAUUCAGAUAAACUCAAAGAUAAAUUUUCUCCCCAAAGAACAAUGUCACAAAAGUUUAUUAUUGUACAUCAUUUUGCUUCAUGGUAUAAAUGAUAUCCCAUGGGGCGGGUUACAGAAAACUUCUUAUCUCAGUUCUCAACUUAAGAUAUAUGUUAAAUUAGGAUUUGUUUCAAAUUCGUAUUACAGAAGCAAAUCUUAACUUGAUUUAGGAUUAUUAUCCUAUUUUACAAAGUCGUAUCUUAUCUCUAGUUAGGAAACACUGUGCGAGCUGCUGAUGAGGGAAACAGAAUAACAGAAGCUACUUCAAUUUGGCAAAAAAAAAUAAAGGCAUAGUCAAUGGAAGAGUCUUUUCUGAAGUAGCUUUUGUCCUGAAUGUUGUCCUAACAGAAACGAUCAUGGUUAUCAAUCAGAUUAGAUAAUAUUUUAAAGUUAGGAUCUUUCUGUUACCAUGGUAUCCUGGACACCUUUACCAGACCAGAUGAACUUUACGACCCAAUGGCAUGUUGAGAGUCCUCCCUCUCACUACCUUUCCCCAUAGGAGACACCCAUAAUGCCCAUAAAAGACUCUUCUCUAGUUAAUUCAUAGGAAAAAACACUUUCUCUGAAAGAACACUCAUAUCGCCAGGUCGCUGUGUAUAUUAUUACUGUUCUCGUAUAUUGUCUUUUGUAUUGUAUACUGUUUUAUGCAUGCAUUAUGAUAGAUCACUAGUUAAAAUAACCUCAUCUAUACCAUGUUUGGUCUCUUUGAAUUUGUGUUUUGAUGAUCUAAUUGAGAGUGUACAUAUGUUGAUACCUACACAACAUGAUAAUGCUCUGAGAAUCUUUUGCAUCAAAACCCAAUGCCAUUAAAUAUACAAAAUACCAUGCUGCGACGACAAAGAGUCGUAAACUUUCCCUCCGAAAGUGUAGAUCUCUAUUGGUUAAGAAAUGUGUUAGACUAGUUUGUGUUAGUGUUUAGUUAAUAAAACUCUUGUGCACAGAUUA